GGCAACUAUGCUAUUUUGUACCUAUAUGAGACGUAAAUUCUUGUCAAUGCGUUAAUCUGGGAAUAUAUGUGUAUUUGAUUAAUAUGUGAUUAUUACGAGCAAUAUAAGUUAUUUUGCCCGUUUUUUCUAUUUUCAUAAUGUCAUAUGACAGAGAAAUCCUACGGUCAGUUUGGGAUGGACGGGUUGCUAUGUGUUUCCAGGCUGAUCCCAAUGAAAUUAAUGGAUUACAGCAACCGGAUAGCUUUUAUAUGAUAGUACCUCGUCUUAGUUAUUUAACAAUAGUCACUGAUAAGAUCAAAAAGUACUUUAAUCGGUUUGUUACUCAUGUAUCUGAGGGGCAUAUUUGGUUUGACUAUGCUGGUGUUCCAUUGCGAACCCAUUACCCAAUAGCUAAACCUAAAGUUAAAAGCCCUCUUUAUGAGAGAAGGACCUUUAUAUUACUAUUAUGUGACAUCUCUAUACCUAAGCUGUUUGCGUUUCUGCAAAUUGAUUUAAAAUAUAAUAAAAUAUAUUUCAUGACAAAUUUAUUGUUUUAAUAAUUGUACUUUCAUUAUUUGUAUUUAAAUUUAAAUAAAUAUUGAGAUUUCUAG